CGGAGCCCCGCGCCGCGGGUCCCGUCGCCGGGGGUGUGCGCCCGCCGAGCCCAGCACCGCGCCUCGGCGCCCCCACGCGCCCACGCAGCGGCGCGGGGACCGGGCGGGGGCAGAGGGAGGGCCCGGCCCGGGGAGGGGAAGGGGCCGGUCCUCCCCGCGCAGGCAGCGGCCGCGGCAGCGCAGGAGGCGGAGGCAGCGGCGGCGGCGGCAGAGCAGCACGGUGCCCGCCGCAGUCAGCCCGGCCGCGUCGGACCCGCGCCCGCCCGCGCCGGGGCGCCCUCUCCACUGCGCGCGGUACAAGGAAAUGCUAGAACUGGUGAUCUCACCCAGCCUCACCGUAAACCGCGAUCGUCCGGGUAAAGCGAAGCUUAACCGUGCGGAUGUCUGGACUCUGAGUGACGUAGAAGGCACCACCACAUCAGCCUCCCCGAGUGUGUCUCAGCUCUUCACAAGACCUUGCCCACACGUCCUGCCCAGCCAGCCCGCCACGGCCAUGGCAGCCUACGGCCAGACACAGUACAGUGCGGGGAUCCAGCAGGCUGCCCCCUACACCACCUAUCCACCCCCAGCACAAGCCUACGGAAUCCCUUCUUACAGCAUCAAGACAGAAGACAGCUUGAACCAUUCCCCCAGCCAGAGUGGAUUCCUCAGCUAUGGCUCCAGCUUCAGCACCCCACCCACUGGACAGAGCCCGUACACCUACCAGAUGCACGGCACGGCGGGGAUCUACCAAGGAGCAAAUGGCCUGACCAAUGCAGCCGGAUUCGGAAGUGUGCACCAGGACUAUCCUUCCUAUCCUGGCUUCCCCCAGGGCCAGUAUUCCCAGUAUUACAGCUCGUCCUACAGCCCUCCUUACGUCCCGGCCAGCAGCAUCUGCCCUUCUCCCCUCUCCACUUCCACCUACGUCCUCCAGGAGGCAUCUCACAGCGUCCCCAGCCAGAGUUCUGAGUUGCUUGGCGGUGAAUAUAACACGCACAACGGACCCUCCACGCCGGCAAAAGAGGGAGACGUGGACCGGCCGCCCAGGGCCUCCGACGGGAAGCUCCGAGGCCGCUCCAAGCGGAGCAGCGACCCCUCCCCAGCAGGGGACAGUGAGAUCGAGCGUGUGUUCGUGUGGGAUUUGGAUGAGACGAUAAUUAUUUUUCACUCCUUACUCACCGGGACUUUCGCGUCCAGAUAUGGGAAGGACACCACGACGUCAGUGCGCAUCGGCCUGAUGAUGGAAGAAAUGAUCUUCAACCUUGCAGAUACGCAUCUGUUCUUCAACGACCUGGAGGACUGUGACCAGAUCCACGUUGACGACGUCUCAUCUGAUGACAACGGGCAAGACCUGAGCACGUACAACUUCUCGGCCGACGGCUUCCACAGCUCGGCCCCGGGAGCCAACAUGUGCCUGGGCUCCGGCGUCCACGGCGGCGUGGACUGGAUGAGGAAGCUGGCCUUCCGCUACCGGCGGGUGAAGGAGAUGUACAACACCUACAAGAACAACGUCGGUGGUUUGAUAGGAGCUCCCAAAAGAGAGACUUGGCUACAGCUCCGAGCCGAGCUGGAAGCCUUGACCGACCUCUGGCUGACCCACUCUCUGAAGGCGCUUAACCUCAUCAAUUCCCGGCCCAACUGUGUCAACGUGCUGGUCACUACCACGCAACUAAUCCCUGCCUUAGCCAAAGUCCUGCUGUAUGGACUGGGCUCCGUGUUUCCUAUUGAGAACAUCUACAGUGCAACCAAGACAGCCCCAUUUGGAGUCUCCAAACCCAGCACAUUCCUGCCACGCUGCUCUUCCAGCAGAGGAAGGUGGGUCUCCCCAGAUCUGCCACUUGUGGGGUUCCUGCUUGAAGAACAGUGACCCAACUCUGCCUCAGAUCACGGUUAAGUAACCCCGAGCCGAGAGCCCACUCCUUGUCUCUGUCUCUGCAGCUGGCUUCCCCGCUCCAAUAACUUGCAGCUCUGCUACAGACACCCCCAGUCUUUCUGUGACCCCACAGGACCUGAGACCAUACUGUCCCCACGAGGGCUCCACCCUCCACCCCUUAGCCCCUAGAGUGACGUCCCUCAGUGGAGCAGACUUCUAAAAUUUCCAGUUUUGUGCUCUGCUCCACCACUUGCCUGGAGCCGGCCCUACCCCCUGCUGUCUGUCUUCCCAUAUGCUACCUUGAAUUCAUUUCUCCGCCUGUCCUACCUUCCAGAAAGUGGUCGCUUAGAAUUGUUGCUAUUCUUUGCUUCAAUCUCCUAUUGAGUUCGUAGGUGUUCAAGAUGGUCUGAUAGCUAUUUAGCAGAAUUCCUGGGACCCGACGAAAUUUAGGUCUCCUACUCCUCUGUCAUCUUGGAUUCUCGAUCUAGUGUUCUUUUUAAUAUAGUGAUUCUAUUCUGUCUUUUUAAAUGAAUUCAUUUCAGUAAAAAAUAGAAGUGGGAGUUAUUUUUUAAGAUUACGUCACAGGAGUUCCCAGAUUUGGUCACAACGGUGAGGGUAGUUCUGGAAUGUUUGAGAAACUCUGGUCCACAACAACACGUCUUACGACCUGACUCAUGAACAGGGGAUCCAUUCAGUGGCCAGAUGAGUAUGGAAAACCCACAAUGAACAUGAACAGGCCAAAGACUCCAUUCAGUCCUAUGAUAAAAGUUUUAAAGCAAAGUUUCAUUUAACAGCACCUUUCUUCUGUAGAUUUUGCAAGAAAGGAAUCCGUAACCCAGGCACAUCUAAAAUUUCCAUUCAGCCCAUUGAUUCUGCCAUCAGGGACAUGUUAGAGCAACUUCCUUCCCACUUGGGGAGACUGAAGGUCAACACACUGAGGGUAAUCAGAGUUGAGACCGCAUAGAAAUUUGGCCUCCAGCUCCCGGUUUUAACUUUUUUAAAAAGCAUCACUUUUUUCAAUGGUCAGUUUUCUGCUCUGAUAAGGCCACAUAACAAACAUUCAGUGGCUAAUGGUAUUUAUUUCUCUCACACGUUUGGGGAACCCACUGUGGCUCCACUGGGACCACGUUCUGGUCUGUUCUGUAUAUCCUCUCCCUGUGGGACCAUCACUCACUGCGGCCAUCAUGGACACCUUCUUCUCCUGACAGACGGGAGAAGUGAAGGGAGCCAAGCCACACCACUCACACACACUUCCCAUGGCAGGUCUCUAGCCGUCCAGCAUUGGUCAAAGCAAGUCACAUGGCCAACUCAGUAUCAGCAGGGUGAGGAGUAGACUCCACAUCCUGUAGCAAAAGGCUUGGCAAAGUAGUGAUGCAAUUCUGCUACCUCAGAAGACAGGAUUCACAGCUCUGACCCGCUCGAGGCUCCCACAGAGAGAAGAAUGGUCCCAGCAGGGCUGAGUCCUACCUAGAGCAGCAGAACAGAGUAGCCCAGAGCUCAAGCAACUGGGGCAGCCUAGGUUCAAAUCCCAGCUCUGUGCUUGCUAGCCGGGUGACCCAGGUAAGUGGCUUCUCGGUCUGUAAAAACGGAUCAAAAUCCCCGUAAGCGUCUGACACAAGGGGGUAGUACAUGUUCCCAGCAGAGCACAAGUGCUCACAGAUAAGAGCUGUGUUGUUAUUAUAGUAACUUACUGUCGAUGAUACUCCUCUGCUCUUCUUCGGGGCGUCUGCCAGCCUCAGUUUCUUUAUCUCUAAAAUGGGCAUUCUGUUCAUUGCAAUGCCAUAAGGACUGCCGGGAUGACAGUAAAUGAAUAACCUAACUCAGUACUUCCCAACAGAGUGCAGAAGCAUUGUGCCUCCCGGGAGAUCUCUGGCAACAUCUGGAGACGUUGUUUUAUUUUUCACCUGCAGGAGGUGUCACAGGCAUCUCCCGGGUGGAGACCAGGGACCCCCCCACCCCAGGACCAGGGCAGCCCCCUCGGCAAAGCCCCGUCCUGCCCCACGUGCCAGUAACGCCGCGGCUGAGCACUUCCAAUGUGGGUACAGCGGGUACCGUGCUUGGCAGCGCACCUCGCAGACAGUAGAGCCGGGGAGCGACCACUAUUUCUGGCACUGCUGUUUGCCUUUUUGUUGCUACACUUGCUGCCCCGAGGAGAGACCCCCAGGAGAGGGGGGGUCUCUGAACACUGCUGCCCACCCACCUGGGAAGGAGGCAGAUACAAAGGGGUGGUUAUCCUUCGGGUGGUCAUCCUUGGGGAGCAAGGAAAGAUCUGGGCAGGAGAACUGCCCUGAGGGCCAAGUUUGUCACCAGGCUGCCACUUGGAUGCCUCAGUCACGUCGCCUGAUGUCCUCCUCUGUGAAGGGGGUCAGGCACCCUGCACCAGCCAGCCGUGCAGACUCUGGAGCCUGCUUCGAGCCUCUGCACUCCCUCUUCUGUGUCACCCUGGGCAGGCCACUGAACCUCUGUGCUGUCACCCCUCACGUGGGGAUGGUGACCGGGCGCAUACUGCUUGAGGACGACCCGAUCAGUGCUUGGCCGUCAGGCAGACGGCUGCUCCCAGCAAGCUCCUGGGCUGCGGUGAGGGGUCCCCGCGAGCCUCGUCUUGUCUUUCUCCCCUUCUUGC